AUGUUGAUACUGGCACUGGAUUAUGCCAACAGCAAGCAACGCCUUCCAAGUGUAAAUGAUGCCAAGCACAUGGAGGAACUGGCGAAGCAAUGCGGAGUACAUGAAGUCCUCACGUUGUACAACACCCAAUGCACCAAAGAUGCAGUGCGACGCGCCAUCCGAAGCGCAGGGUCCAGAUGCGACGUCAAUGACUACUUCGUGAUGUAUUUCGAGGGCCAUGCUACCGCGUUAAGUGAUCCUGACCGGCAGGGCCUUCACGAUGAGGCGCUUGUCCUUGUCGACCCAAACGGGAAGGCUUCACCAGCAACCUUGUUUCUGGAGGAGGAGUUUACGAGCCUUGUGCUGGAGAAUUUCAAGCCACAGACACGGGUCAUCGUUCUGACGGUGCGCGCCAACCUUUUUGUUGCAAGUGGGAGUUGGUGCCAUGCUGGGUCCAACGAGGUGACGUUGCAUGGAGGUCUGAUUCCCGGAACGGACCAUAUUGCGGAUGAGGAUCUGCAGCAGAAGCUUCGAGAUGCCUUGGAGGAGGUUCACCACUUGCGUGAUCGCGUGAAGAAGCUUUGCGAUGAGGUGGAGCAGGUGCCGGCAAUACCAUGCACUGUCGCUGAACCAAAACCACCUAUGGAGCUCGAAAAAGCAAGUGAGUGUCACGCAAGACUCCAGCAGCUGCUAGCAGGCUGCGAGGAGGCUUUUGGUCCUCUUCGGAGGCAGGCACUGGAGCAAAAGUCUCAGCCGGAUCGCAAGGCUGAGCGUCAAAGGCGUCUCGCUGCAGAGAAGAGUGAGCUUCACGACUUGGAGCAGGAGCUCCAGUUGGUCCAUCUGCAGUCGAUGCGCAAGGACCUGCAACUUGGCAGUGGGCCGUCAGGUCUGGAGAAGACGGAGCAAGACGACUCUCAAAGUGGGCUCGUCGAUGAGCUAGGUGUUGCAGUGCCCAAAGGCGUGAGCCUCCUUGGCAAGGCGAAGGCUCCAGGCCCACCGCCAGGCCAUGGCAAUCGCUCGCCUCGGGGCUCUCUGCCUAAACCGCCACCACCGAAGGCCAAGGGCAAAGGCCCGGGAGCCGCUCCGCCGCCCAGCAAGGCCAAAGCGAGAAGCCUAGCAAGGGCAUUUACCGAGUCAGAGAUAACUGGCUUGCGGGACGAUCCAGUGCGCCAUUCUGCCCGUCUCGUGAACCUGCAUUGGCGAGCCUCGCAGGGACCGCCAGAGGAAACUGAGAUUGAUGUUGGCAAAGAUGGGUACCUGCAAGGCAUGGCCAACAUGAUGGACAGGUGGGACCUGGAUCGAACGGACAGGAUGAGGCAAAGUAUCACGUGCUUCGAGAAUCGCGUCGGCUUAUCAGCUGCCAAAAAGGGAAGCUUUGUCGAGGAGCAGAGCCUGGCUGAGCCAAAGCACAGUUUGCUGGCUUCGGGAAGACGCCGUCGAAGAACUGUGUUCAAUGGCAUGACAGAUAUUCCAGUACCAGAGUUGCAGAGCCACCAGCUAGAGGAAUUCUUCCAAGCUCGUGCUGCAAGCUUCGACAUUUGUGCACGCGCGUCUUGUGCCACAGAUGUGACUUCGUUGAUUGUUGACAGCACUCAUCAAAGAAUACUGGAUCUGAUGGUGCGUGGAGCUGCAAUCCACAAGCAGGAUGGUGUGGAGAAUGCUGUCUCUGACCUGCUUGCGGCCCUUCUGAGCUGCGACACCUCUCGGUUGAGCAGCUCCGUCCUGAGUGACCUGAGAAAGGUCGUACCGUCGUAUGUGGAUGGCAGCAAUCCGAGCAUUGUUUCUUUCGUCGACAGCAGGGGAGUUGAAGCUCUGUCAAGGCUUGAGCAUCCACAUCUACAUCAUCUGUUAUAUGGAGUGGUUCGGAUACCCGCAAUAGUUGCAAGGCUGGAAUGCAUGGCCUUCGUCCAGAAGUUCCCAGAGGAACUUGAGACAUGCAAGGAGAACCUAGACUCUCUUCGACGGGCCUUGGUUUGCAUCUGCAACCGGCUUCCUGCUCUACGCCGUUUUUGGGCUACGGUGUUACAAGCUGGCAACGCUUUGAACAGUGGCUCCAUGGCGAACACGACCGAGCGAGGCUUCAGACUUGCGAGUAUUUCCAAGCUGUUGGACUUGCGAUCGCCGCUUCGCCGUGAUGUCUCCCUAUUCCACUUUGUUCUGUUGCACUUGCAGGCGAGCGAUGUGCAGGACCUUUGCUCUGCAGACUUUGUGGAAGCCCUGCAGUCUGCCUACCUGAGACGUGGUUUCACAGUGCACCACGACACCAUCAGUCAUUUAGAGGGCUUUCGCCAUAUCGAAAGUUUGGUGGACACCGGCACGUUCAAGGGAGAGAAGAUCGCUGUUAUGCCAGCUCAGAGCAGAGCUGGCACAGAUGCUCCGGUCGAGCAUGGAGACCCUUUCUUUUCUUGCAUGCGGGACUUUGCCGCAACUUCACGCGAAGCUUGUGCAGACAUUUGGAGCUUGAACGCAGAGAUUCAGCGAGCCUACAAGCAACUCAGCCUUUAUUUCGACGAUCCUGCUUACGUCUAUCCUCCACCGAAAGAUGACCAGGAUGGCAAGCGAGACCUGUUUGGUCUUCUGCACAGCUUCGUCUCUGAUUGCGUCAGAGUCAGACAGGAAAUCGAUGUUUCGGACUUUCCUGCAGAGGUGCGGCUGCAAUGCCGCUUCACUCCUCCGUAUUUGGAUUCUGACUCAUCAGAUAGCUCAAGUGAGCACUCGGUAUCGCAGCGAGACGUGGAGCGCAAAGCCUUGGCAGAAACGCUUGGACCGGCUAUCCACGCACUGCGGAACAGCAUGCCGAGUCCGCAGAGACCACCGAGGACACUCUCAGAAGGAUCGCCGCCGUGCGAGGUGAGCGCUGAAGCUCGAAGCUCGGUGACUCCGAGUGCGGGCUUGCCUCCGGCAAAGGCUCCUCCGGCACUGGUCAGCCCCACCCUGCUGACCUCGCCCGACAAGAAAGGGCCCUUGCUCAGCGGCCCGUGCAAGAUGGAGAUGCCUUCCGUGCCUCCGCCAGAUAGAGCACCCAAGCGAGCCUCACAAGGCCGAUCCACGUUGGUGCUCGGAGCUUCCCCGCUGCAGCUGUCGCCUGGGACGGGGCACCCACAGGCCCUGAGCCCUGUACUACCGACGACGCCUGGAUCCACCGGAUCGCGGCAAUGCAGGACGCCAGAACCAGUAUACGACAGGCUUGCUCGCAAGAGCCUUACAAGGCAAGUCGACCGUGACUGUGCUGAAUGUCUCGGCGCCAGCGCUGCGCGAAUCCGUGGUGACUCUGGAUCGUCCCUGAAUUACACAAGCUCCUCCCAAACCUCAUGUUUAAGUCCGGUCUCUUCUGGAUCUGGAGAGAGUGCGAGGUCAAGCAUUUGCCCGUCCGACCUCAAGACACAGCUUCGGGAUGUUUGGAAGCGAAGAACUCACACCGGAGGCCGAGAGGCCGAGCCUCCUCGUGCGCUCAGAAGCCCAACGCCCGCCGAGGCGGCCUGGCUUAGCAUGGAGUUGUCGGCAACCACGCCCAGGCGGUCGAGGACCACAUCGCUUUCACCAGUGAAAGAGCAGGGAGAGACCCCUCACAGACCCGUUAUAUGUCAAUAG